UCACGAAAGGAGUAUGUUCGUCUCAAAAAAUUGAAACCAAAAGUCGAAGAAGAAGACAGUGACGACGUCGUCGACGUGACAAACAAAAAACUGAAGAAAAAAGUGAAAGAAGAAAAACCCGAAAAAAAGGAGAAACAAGAAGAACAAAAAGAGGUGAAAGAACAAAUAGUUUUACCCUCUCUUGAACAAGCUGCCCUAACGCAAAAACCUCUUGAUUUGGUCCCACCACUCGCUCCUCCACAAACCAAACAACCUUUGGGCUUUUUAGAACAACAACAUAUCCAAGUCCCAGUGGUGAUAGAACAACAGAUAUUACCACAACAACCCAUUUUACAACAACAAAUCCCUCUUCAACAACAACCACUUUUACAACAAAAGUACAACUCGCCAAUCGCCUCGACACCUCAGCAACUCCAACCCACAAUGUACCCUAUGGAAAUGAGAGAAAUAGAUCAAAAACGAAAUGAUCUGGUGAUGGGCGGCGUUGUUUUUAAAUUUGAAAAGACGCACACAUAUGGUGAGGAUGAUGGGCCUUAUGAUCCACUUGUCGGUCUAUACUCAAACAGACAGAAAAUUGAAAUGAGACGGAACGACUCUGCCGAAUAUAACAAACUGAAGACACACAUCUCAAAAUUUGUGGUGGAAAGGCUUCAACCGUAUUACGACGACCACAUCAUUAAGUCGAAGGACGAGUUCAAGCAAAUAGCACGGACCAUCACAAUUAGGUUUACGGAGGACCUCUUUAGCCACAACGAGACGUUCACUCAAGAGGCCGAAAAGAAAAUCGCCAAAUGUAUUGCUAUUAAGUUCGACCCUAAUGAAUACUGA